CGUACUUGUGAAAUCUAAUCUUUUUCUAAGGUAUAUAAAGCCGCCAAGCAAAUAGUGUUCGCAAUAGUGUUACAAAGUUGUUUACAAGAGUCAACAGCAGAAACUGCCGAAAAAUGAAAUCAGCAAUUAUCGCUUUCGCCAUCUUGGCUUACGUCUUGGCCACUCCUGAGUACACAGAUGAGUACAUGCAAGUGCACGACAUCUGUCAGGCCGACGCCAGGUACCGUAUCGACGAUCUGUCGGUAUUCAUUGAGCUCGAGACAGAGAAGAAGCCGGUAAGCCAAGUGAAAUUUCCGAGCAACUUCAACGCCCACAUGGGAUGCAUGUACAGCAACCUCGGUCUCUUCGACAAGAACGGUGAUAUCAUCAUCGACAUUGCGGCAGAUAAAUUGAAAACUUUCUUCUUUAACCCCGCUCUGGCCCCCCAAAUCGUCACUGCUUGCGGAGGAAUCGCCAACGAAUCCGACGACUUGGACGAAACUUCGGGCUUGUUCUAUUUGUGUAUUUUAGACUACUUCGCAUAAGACACAUUGCUUUUUUGGCGCGAUUUGAAUAAAAUGUGUGUUAGACUGA